CAUUUCAAAGCAGCCAAUUAUAUAGAUAAAUUUUGCAAAAAAAUAAAUCAAAUCAAAAUAUGUGCAAAUUAUGUUUGUGUCGAAUGUAAAAUUUGGCAAUGAAAUUUUUUAAAUUCAAUGCAAUUAAAUCGAAAAUAUAAAAAGCACAACGCUUACUACGCCCACGCCACAGAAAAUUACAAAAGAAAAGCAAAACAAACCAAACCCAAACAACAACAACAACGAUAAGAACGCAUUUGAACAAAGCUCAGCAACAACAUGGAACGUCGCCAGGCAUUAGACUCAUCGAUGUCUUCGCUGUACUCGGCCAGCUCCUCGCAUAAUCGCCAGCUCCAGCCGCAACAGUCACAACAGUCGCAGCAGUCCCAGCAACUGGAUGCCUUCAAUUAUGCAGCAACAAUGUCAUCAUCAUCGCCAACGCCAAGCCAUGCCACAAGCACCGUCUCCGCCUCCGCCCCCACCUCCACGCUACGUGCCACCACCAUUGGCACCGUUGUGGUGCGCUGCGGCCCCAUCCAGCUGGUGAUAGCCUUGCUGCAAAGUCCCGAAAAGAUUUACAUCAAGGUUGUGGAACUGGAGCCAAAGAUAACAGCGCUGGGUGAAAAUCUAGACGAAUCGCUGCAUAUGCAAAGAGAUCACGAUGAAACGCUGCGUAAUCUACAGAAUCUGCCUGGACCUAUGGAGGAGUUUGUGCAAAAGGCGGACAAGCUGCUGGCCAGCAAGCGCAUCAGCUCGGAGCUGGUCAAUGCCAUGGCCGAUACACUGAACAUUAUAUGGCAGGACAUAUUGAAUCUGCUGCAGGAUCGCCAGCAUAUUUUACAGCUAUGCACGCAAUUUCAUGACAAAAUGACGCAGUGCUUCAGGCGCAUGGAUCAGCUGGAGCUGGCGUGCAAUGAGUCACAGCUGCCAACGGACGUGCCGGGUGUGCAGGAGUUCCUCAACAAAUUUAAACAGCUGCGCAUCGAUAUGCUGACGGGUGUGAUGGCGGCGCUUAAGGAUGGCAACGAGCUGCUGGCACAGCUGCAGGAGCUGGAGAAGCUGGAAACACUGGACACGCGACCGGAGCAUAUCAAACGCGAUGCAACACGCGCAGUGCACCAGGUGCAGCAAUGGCUGGAAGCGCUGCACGACAGACGCAAUGAUCUGGAGCUGGCCUGGCAGACGCGCAAGACGCAGCUGGAGCAGUGUCUGGCGCUCAAGCUGCUGGGACGUGAGCUCAUUGAGCUGGAGGCAGCGCUGCAGCAGGCGCGGCAGCAGCUCCAAAGCAUGUACAGCUUGGGCGAGUGUGAACACUCCGCGGCACAGAUGCUGGCCAAGUAUCGCGACUGGAAGCAGCAGGCGCUGCUGCUGCGCGAUCGCGCGCUGAAGAUUACGCGCGCCAAGGAGAAGGUGCAAGCGUCGGGACACUUUGCCGGCGAGGAGGCUUGCGCACGCGCCUAUGCCGUGCUGAGCGGCUGCACGGAGCAUUUGGAUUUGGUGGAUCAGCGAGAGCAUUGGCUGCAGCAGUCGCGCGACUUCUUCGCCAAGGCGGAGCACACACUGAGCGUGCUGGAGAAGCUCGAACUGGAGCUGGCCAGCGUUAAGCUGCCGCCCAAUUCGCCUGAGAGCUACGCCAUGUUCGCCAAAGUGGCGCGCGAUGUGCGCAACUUUACGGAGGAGCCACUGCGUCUGGGCUAUGGCAUACUCGACGAGGUGGGACGCACGCAGCCCGAAACGCAGGGCAUCAAACGCGUGCUGGACGAGCUGGAGAAUCGCAAGGCUUAUGUCGAGGGCAUCUGCGCCAACAGUAACGAGGAUCAGCAGCGCGUGCAACGCGCGCUCAACGAAUUUCUCUCGCAGCACAAUGAGCUGCUCGCCUGGCUGCGCGCCUCUGGGCAGCUGCAGCUGCAACAAAGCGUCAACAUGGGUCGCAAUCUGCCACAAGCCAAGCAGUUUCUGCUGCAGCAUCACGAGCUUAUGCAGGAUUUGGAAAUCAAAGGCGAGCUCAUCAAUUUGCUGCUGGAGUCCAUCAAACAGCACUUGGAGUCGCUUAGCCCGCAGCAGCGCUACGAUGUCGACUCCAAGGCUGAAGCUCUACACAAGCAUUGGAUUGAGCUGAAAGAUUUGGUGCUGAAGCGCGUCGAUUAUGUCUCGCUGCUCAUUGAGUUCUUCGAACAGGCCAACGAGCUCUCUAGUCAAUUCGAGCAUCUGCAGCGUCAACUGCAGCAGACGCCCGAUGAGCACAAGCUGCAGUUCCUCCAAGCCACCUGGUCCAACAUUGCCGGCAGCUUUGGCCAGCUCAAGACCACCGGACAGCGAUUCAUCAACUUGAAAUUCGUGGAUCCAUAUCUCGAGGCGAAAAACUCAGUGCAGGCCGUGGAGGAGACGCUGCAAGAAUUCAGUAAGCGCCAGUUCGACGUGACGAGCAGUUUGGAAAAUUGGACAACAAGCGUAGCGGAAAAGCGUGAAGUCGAGUAUUUGCUGGAGAAAGUCAUGAGCGACAAUGAGGAGACUGUUGCCAAGAGCACGCAGGUGGAUACGCAGCUUUAUCCAGUGUUUAGCUCCGCCAGCUUGGACGCCAAGCAGCUGCUGAGCAGCACGCAGGAUAAGCUGAGCUUUGUGACGCAGGAUAUCGAGCGUGCGCAGGAUGAAAUACAGCAGCGCAUACAAACAACGCUGAGCAUACAGACAAAGGAUCAGCAAUCGUUGCAGAAAAUCGAACAGGUGAUUAACAAUCUGCGCAUGCUCAAGGCCAAGCUCGAUGGCAUCAAAUACGAUUAUCGCAUCUUGCUCGAGAGCAUGUUGCAAUUCCUCGAGCAUAUUGUGCAGCUGCGUCAUGAGAUCGAUGCGUAUUUUGCCAAGCAGCAGCAGCAGCAGUCGCAAUCCCAAGCGUCUAGCUUGGGCUCUUGCAUUGCCGAGCAUGAGAAAUUCCGCGAUCAGUGCAUGGAUAAAUUUAGAUCGUUAAUCACACAAUCCGAACUGCUGAUCGAUCGUGUGCGCGUAUUGGAGCCGGCGGGCGCACGCGAAAUCGACACUGAUCGCAUAUUGAAGUUGUUGGAGCAUUUGCGCAUUCAUUUCGAAACGAAUAGCAGCGCUAGAAUGUCGACGCUGGAGCGACUAGAGAAGAUCGAACUGUUCCGCAACGAUCUCGAGGAUAUCGAUCGUAGUCUGGAUAGUGUUAGCAAGCAGCUGCACGAUAUUAAUGGACAGAGUGUGGAUAGUUUGGCAGCUGCGAAAACAACAUCGCUGGCAUUUGAAUAUUUUGAACGUACCAUAGAGCUGCUUGAGAAGCGCAUAGAAAAGUUUACCGAGUCGACCAGCCAGCAGCUGUUGAUCAGCAAUCCCGAAAGCGAGUCCUAUGUGAACCAAGAGCUGCGCAAGCUCAACGAUAAAUGGCAGGGAUUCAAGGACCAAGUUAGACAGAAACGAAAGAGCCUCAAUCAGGCCAACGAAUUCUUUGAAGUGGUGGAAAAGAUCGAUGCGGAGUAUCGUGAGAUUAGCUAUUUCUAUAAUAGCGUAUCCAAUAAGCUGCCCUAUCUACGCGAUUCGGUGGAGGCGGGCAAUCUGGUCAACGAUAUUGAGAACUAUGUGAGCAGUCGCGAGCCGGCGCUGCGUGCCAAACUGGACAGCGCUGCGCAGUGUGCUCAUGACAUGAACAAGGUGUCGCAGCUUUACAACGAUGUGAUGAACAUUUUCCAAUCGUUUACCAAACUCAAGCUGGACAUCAAUGUGGUGCAGGAUCGUCUCAAUCAAGAGCAGCGGCAACGUGAGCAGCGUGAGCGCGAGACACGCGAGCAGGCCGAACGCCAGCAGGCGCAACGUGAGGCGGAGGCCAAGGAGCGUUUGCUGCGUGAGGAGCAACAGCGUUUGGAGUCGCAGCGUCAACAGGCAGCCAUCGAUCAGGCACAACGUGAGCUCGCGGCGCGUCAGUUGAGUUUGCGUGAGCAGGCCGUGCGUGAGGAGGAGGCACGACUGCAGGCAGUGCGUGAGCAAGCGGCUCGUGAGCAGCAGGCGCGUGAGCAGGCAGCACGCGAGGAAGAGCAACGCAUACAAACGCUGCGUGACAUAGCCAAGCGCGAGGAGGAGCUGCGUCUGCAGGCGCUGCGCGAAGAGGAAGCGCGUCUCCACAGCAAGCGUGAGGAUGAAAUCCGAAUGAAGCGCGAGGAGGAGCUACGCAUGAAAAUGGAGCACGAGUCGCGAAUGCAGCGUGAGGAACAGGCGCGCAUACAACGCGAGGAGAUCACGCGGCUGCAGACGCUGCGCGAUCAGCUGGACAAACAGCACACGAUCACCGAGAACAUACGCAAGGAUAUACAGGUGAAUCAAAUCUUUACCGAGCUGCGCUAUGCUUCUCCUCUGUUCAUACGCCCGCUCAAGGACUCGCUGACGCGCGAGGGCGAACGCUUUGUCUUCGAAUGCGAAGUCACUGGCACUCCGGAGCCCACUGUGGAGUGGUUCAAGGACGGCAUCAGCAUACAAAGCAAUGCGGACUACAAGACAAGCUUUGACAAGGGAAUUUGCCGUUUGGUUAUCGAGGAAACCUUUGCCGCCGACUCGGCGCGCUUCAGCUGUCAUGCCUCGAAUCUUGUGGGCAGCUGUGACACCAAUGCCAAUCUGCUGGUGCGUGAACAGGCUGCUGAGUUGCAGCAACAGCUGGUGGCACCACGCAUUGUGCGUUUUCUGGAAAGCGGCAAGGCCACUGAGGGCACCGCCUUUCAGUUCAACUGCGUGGUCAGCGGCGUGCCGCUGCCCACUGUGCAGUGGUUCAAGAACGACAAGUGCAUUGACGACUCACCCGACUAUGUGAUUAGCUAUAACAAUGGCGAGGCCACACUACGCUUCGAUGAAGUCUUUCUGGAGGACGAUGCGGUCUACACUUGCAGCGCCUCGAAUGCCGCCGGCAUUGAGCACUGCUCGGCAAGUUUGAUUGUGGAACCCCUGGAGCCCACGGAGCUGCCCUGCUUCAAGAUGCCGCUACAGAAUGCAAUGGCGCGCGUUGGUCAGAAGAUUAAGCUGGAGGCGCUAGUCACGGGCAUACCAUUGCCCGAUGUCUAUUGGAUGCACAAUGGCAAGCCCUAUCAGCCCAGGGAUGCAAAGUACGAGAACGGCCGCGUUACGUUAAUAAUACCGCAAGCUUAUCCAAACGACGCCGGCAGUUACGUGUUGAGUGCCAAGAAUCUAGCGGGCGAGGCCUAUUGCAGUUGCAACGUUAUAGUGAAGGGACGUCUGCCCAACGAGACCUCCGACUCGGAGAUGGCCAGCGAUAUAGAGCCGAUACGUCCGGCGGUGCAUAUGCCGCUGAAGGAUGUGUCCAUAUUUGAGGGCAAGCCAGUGCGUCUGGACUGCGUCAUAGUGGGUCAGCCAGAGCCCGAGGUCAUUUGGUAUCACAACGAGCGUCCAGUCAAAGAGUCGGCGGAUGUGCAGCUGCUGUUCCAAGGUGAUCGCUGUUCGCUGUUUAUCCAGGAGGUUUAUCAAGAGGAUGCGGGUCAAUACAAAGUGGUGGCUAUCAAUUCAGCGGGUGAAACCUCAAGCAGCUGUGAGCUGAAAGUGCAGGCGUUGAACAUGAGCUCCGAGCCGGCAACACGCGCACAAGCGGAGCGCCAAUCCAUUCCCAAGGAUACGCAGCCCAAGUUUGAGCGUCUGCUGUCCGAUGUGCUGGCCGAUGAGGGUGAACAGGUGGUGCUGGAGGUGCAAACCAGCGGCGAUCAGCCACAACGCGCCCAAUGGUAUUUGAGCAACAAGGAGCUGCAGCUUAAUGAGCGCGUCACGACGCAGGAUAAUGCGGAUGCAGGCAUCUUUAAGCUGAUCCUUAACAAUGUGGAGGCGAACGACAAGGGCGUCUAUACCGUCAAGGUUUGCAAUCAAGCGGGCGAGGCCAAAUGCUUUUCACAUCUCAUUGUCAAGUCAGUCAACGUGUCCGAGCAUCGACGCGGCAGUCAAUCCUCUGUGGAUUUGGUGGAGCGUCAGCUGUGUCCCGAGUUCAAGGAGCUGUUUAGCGAUAAGCAAGCGCAAAUCGAUGAUGUCGUCAAGUUCGAGUGCAUUGUGCUGGGCAAGCCCACACCCAAGGUGCACUGGUAUUUCAACGAUCAGCCUGUGCAUGGGCACAACUUUUUGGUCUCCACCAGCGGCGAGCGUCAGGUGCUCACUAUACAAAAACUCACACACGAUGCUGUGGGCAAAAUCAGCUGCGUAGCCGAAAAUGAUGCGGGCAAGGCUACCUGUGUGGCUUUUCUCAAUAUCAUAGGCAGUGCACCAACUGCGAAUAGUCAGCUCCAGACCAUGACACAGGAGCACAACACUGAAUCCUCGCGUGUCACAAUCAAAAAGCAAACAUUUACCACCACCUCCACCUCGCAGGUUAAUUCAUAUGAAGGCAAUGUGCCACAAACUGAGGUGCAUCACUCCUCGGCGCACAUUGAUCAGUCGCUGAAGCAACUGGGACAGCAGCGUCCCGAAAUUGUGGAGAGCCAUCACUACCAGGAGCUGCACAAGAGCAAGGACAUGAACGCGCCCAGCAUGCAACAGAAAUCCUUUACGCUCGUACAGUCCGCCAAUGGUGGCGCCUCCCCUCUGGCGCUCACCACACCCGAUUCGCCCACACGUCUGCGCAAGGAGAUUGCACCACGCUUUACCACUCCACUCACCGGUAAAAUUGUGGAUCAGGGCGCCAAUGUCAGCAUGGAAGCCAUUUACGAUGGUUUUCCCUCGCCCGAGAUCAAAGUGGAGAAGAAUGGCGGCCAGCUCUUCGACAAUGAUCAUACAAAGAUAAUGAAUAAAUGCAAUCGUGUAACCAUUGAACUCAAAGAAGUGGGCGUGGCUGAUGCAGGACGCUAUGCAGUAACAGCUUCGAAUGCCGUGGGACAAUCAACCAGCACAGCUGAUCUGGUGGUCAAAAAGACCAUAUUUCCGCCAGUCUUUGGCCGACGUCUGCAGGCGCAGGUAAGCAAGAAAGGUGAGAAAUUGAUAAUGGAAGUGGAAGUGACGGGAUUGCCAGAGCCGACGGUAACCUGGCUAAAGGAUGAUAAACCGCUGCAGGAUGCAGGACUCUCCGAGCAUCGUCUGCUGGCGCAAGGCAACUCCUAUAAGCUGAUCAUAGAGCGAGCACAAACUACAGACUCGGGCAAGUUUAUGGUGAAGGCUACGAAUGCUGGCGGUGAGGCCAAGAGCAUUGCCGACUGCGCUAUACUCGAACCCUCCCCGGAGCGCAUGCAGGAAGUGGUCAAGACAAUUAUCUACGAAGCGCCUACGAGUGAAUUUAAAACUGAACCCCAAUCUUUUGAGACGAAACAGUGCGAUAUAAGCACUGCCAACGAUCUGCAUGGCCUAAGCGAGUCGAAAGUCAUAACUGAGCAUCGUUUCACCACCGAGGCAACAAUGCGACUAGAGCACAAAUCGACCUACCUAGACCUGCCCGAGCUCACACAGCGACCCAAGACACCAACAACAACUAUCACCAACAACAACAACACUGCCAGCAUGGAUCAGACCAGCGUCAAUUUGAAGUCUGGUUAUACACAAACACCACCGCCUGUGCCACCCAAGCCCUGUGCGCCAGUCUUGUCCACGCCCUACGCCCAAACACAACCAACACCACAACAAUCACCACAACAACAACAGCCAACAAUGCAGACGCUUGUCAACACCAGAUACGAGAGCAGCAGCAGAAACGAGCAGAAGAGCUCCUCCUCCUUUGAAUACUUUAAGAAAAUAGACGAACAACUGGUCAGCACGCCACCCAGACUAGCCCAGAAGCCUUUGGAGACCGUAGUGCGUCAGCCGCAAGCGCAGAGCCUAGCUGAGGAGCUGAGAAGCUUGAAUUUAAUACCUGGCGCACCGCCAGAGAUUUGCUACCAACCCAAAGCGGAGAAGCCGCAGCCAAAGCCGCCGCUUAUACAAGAGAAAAUCAAAAUAUUGGAGGAAACACAGCCCAGGGAGACGCCACCACAGGGUGGUGUAUCGGUGCUGCCACCACCGCUGCAGCUGCAGAGCAUGCAGCAUGAAACGACGUUGACCAAAGAGGUUAAAGUGGAGUACGGACAGCCCAUAGUGCGUCCAGCUGCGGUGCUGGCAACGCCAGCGCAACAAAAUCUACGCGCACCCUCACCCAAACCCUCAGCUGAGGGUGUAGCCAUGUCCAAGCUGUGGACUCCAAGCGGUGUCUGCGGCUAUAGCAGCGAUGCGGAACGUAAACUGGCCACGCCAACGCCCACUAAAGAGCUGAAUGCUCCUUUCUUGGUGCAACAGGUGGCCAAGAGUCAGCCAACACCUGCUGCUCCCGCAAUCACCCAUCAGAUUAACAUUGAGCUAGAGCCUGGCACACCACCGCAAAUUUGCUUUGCACCCAAGCAGGAACCGCAGCUGCGACGUCAAUCGCUGGUUGAGACUAUGGAGCAAAAGCUUGAGCAGAAUUUGCUGCAAGGGCCCAGCAAAGUGUUGCCGCAUUCAGUGCCCACGCUAACGCCCGUGGCACCACCCAAAACAAAUGGCUCCAGCUAUCGCCCACCACCGCCAGUGAUGCCCACACGCUUCUCCCACUACGAGAGCGACUAUGAAAGCGAUCGCUACAAAUACAGCGGCAGCGAGUCCGAUGAGCCACGCCCACAACCACAACAAGCUGCACCAAUGCACACCACAAGCAGCUUCAAGUCCAGUGGCUAUGCUGCCGACACUGAGGAGCAUUCGAGCUAUCGCAAGUCCGAGACAAGUUUCUAUGAAACAAAGUCUUCGUCUAUGACUACAGGCGGGCCUGCAAUGGCGCCCACCAUGGCGCCCAAACUGCAAGCGGAGCCACCUGCGCAGCUGUACUUUACACCAAAGCCGCAGCCGCUGCCGCAGUCGGCGCCCACUCAAUCUAGUUAUAGCCAGGAGGCGAAGAACUACAAAUACUCUUCGAUGAGCACGUCGAGCAACAUGCAGCAAAGCAGCAGCAGCUCGAUGCAGCAUGAGACCAAAUACAGCAGCAAUGCCACGCCGUUGAUUAUGCCCAGUCCAGUGCCAGCGCAACGCAAGACGCCAGCAGCGGAGUACAGUGACUAUAGCAGUGAGAUUGAUGAGCGCUUCCGCUCAGCAUCGAGAGCUAAUGAAUCGGAUGCAGAGAUCAAGGGUUAUCGUGUGGUGUUUCCACCUACGCCCACGCCACGCACCAAUGUGAGCAAUGGACACAAGAGUCCAGUGGUGGUUGUGACGCCAUCGCCCAUGGAAUUCGAGCCAACACCACCCGAGCUGGGCAGCUACAAUCGCCCCAAGUUCGAGCCCAUUGGCAAGGAAAUACGCCAUGAAAUCAAAACGGAAAGCAGCAGCAGCUCCAAGCAGUAUAAGCAGGAGAUUAAACAGCAGCCUGUGUACAAGCCGAAGCCAGUGGCUGCCAAGUUCUUGGCAGCAGCACAGCAGCAGCAACAACAGCAGCAGCCGCUGCCCAGCAAUCGACCCACCAUGUACUACAAUGCGGUGGCGGGUUCACCUUUGCAUACGGCCAAGGUGGCGCAUGAGACAAAGAAUGUGAUGCAGAUGCACGAGAGCACGGAGAGCUCGCAGCGCAUUGUGAACAUGCAGCAGACCAAGCGCACCAUUCACUUUGACAACUCGCAGCAGCAGCAGCCACCACUGGAGCCUUUUCCUUAUUCUCCGGCAACUUCACGCACACCCUCGCGUCAGUCGCAUCUGCCACCACCAGCGACGCCUACGAAAUUUACACCCGGCGAGUUUCGCGAGAGCGACUAUGAGAGUGAAGUGGAACAUGCGCGCAUUCAGCCGCUUUGGUCGCCCUGCGGCGAUGGCUUGACCAAAGGCUAUCGACGCGUUGCUGCGCCGCAGACCAAUGGACGCAGCUGCAGCUUGCCGCGCAGCUAUGAGCGCGUCAUGUCGCCCAUGGAGUUCGAUCGCGGACCUGAAAUGCCCAGCAAAAUACACGUGGAUUUAAAUACGCUGCGGCAGGAAUCGCGUGGCGGCAGCACUGUGACCACACAGCAGCGCACGCAGUCGCUGAAUCGCAACAGCUCGUUGCGCCAGCAGCAGUACGGACAGGAUCAAACCGAUCAGCAGCAGCAGCAGCAACAGCAGCUGAGAACCAGCACGUUGCCCAGAGGUUAUGCCUACAAUUCUAUGCAGCAGCAGGCGGAGUCGCAGGGCAAGCGCAUGGGCUCCACCUUCUUGCAGAAGUCGCAUCAAUUUGUCGAGGAAGUCAGUCGGGAUAUGCAGGGAUCGCAGGGUUUGCGUCCAGGCUUUAGGCGCGCGCCCAGCGAGGGCAGCAAUCAGCCGCAAGCUUACAGAGAUGAGUCACGUGUCUCGCAGUAUGGCACCAAAUGCGUCGAUCCCAAUACCGGUUUGAUCUAUUUCAAAUAUGAUUUUGGCUACGAGUUCGGCAUCCUCUUUCCCGGCGAGGGCCACAAGUUUGUCAGCAGCCAAUGGAACAGCAAGGGCAACAGCAACACUACACCGUAUCCCUUGAAGUUGCCCGCUGGCAAUGAGCUGGUCAUACCGGUGCAACAUGAGCGUACGCCACGCCUUGGGGGCGGCUACAGCUCUGACAGCGAAGUGCCUCAGCGUCAUGUGAGCUUUGUGCGUGGCAAAGCUUUGAGUGCGCCACGCUUUGCUCAGAAGCGCUACAGUCUGCCCGGCAAUCACAGCCUCGACAUUCAUCUCGAUCGUUUGCAUGCGCAGGCGCCACGUUUGCCCACGCCCAACGAAAUGAUGUACACAGUGCCGGACUUGCCCAAUACGGAGCCCGUCAAUGCCCAUUUGAAUCGCGAUGAGCAGGCACAAAGGCCACCAUUAUUCAUAACGCCACUGAAAGAUAUCGCUGUGGGUUUGGGGGGCACGGCUCGGUUCGAGUGCAUUGUCCAGGCGCAUCCGCAGCCGCAGGUUAACUGGACCCACAACGGCGGGCAGCCGUUGGAGUCGUGCAACCGGCAUAUCAUUGAGUACCGGAACGGCGUAUGCCGUUUGACUCUGCCCCAGGCAUAUCCGGCCGACAAUGGCAGCUAUGCCUGCAGUGCCAUGAAUCCGUUGGGCGCGGCCAGCACCAGCGGAAAUUUGAACGUUUCGGGCACAAAUCGUGGAUUUAGAUAUUAAGGCGCUAACCUACAUUACAUACAUACAUACUCGUAUAUUUAUUUAUUUAUUUAUGAUUUGUUCAAGUCUUAAAGUUACAAGUUUAUAUUUAUUUUGUGCGCGUUGUGUCGUCGUCCUUAAAUAUUUUGUUUAACGCGUGUGUGGCACAUCCUGUGAGCAAUCAAGGCUCGUCUACUACUUGCGCACGCACACACGUUCAUCAAGAUGAAAGUAUAAAUAUAAUAGUAUUACUUGUGUUUUUGUCGAAAAUGCUAAUAAAAUGAAUUUUGAAAAA